AUGAAUGCUGACUAUGAUGCGCUGGCAGACUCAAAUAUCAACCAAACACAUAGCAGUGCUAGUCGCCAGCAUGAAUCAUCAGGAGACAAGAGAACUAAAUUGCAGCAAUCGAGACCGAUUUGUCGCUACUUUGUGACAGGGAAAGGGUGCCGUGCAGGGAAUCAAUGUCGCUUCCAACAUAUUAAGCCAGUGGAACCUUCCUCUUUGAUCGAAAAGGGCAAUUCAACAGAUGCAGAACCUCAUGCGCUCUCGCACACAAACCCGCGUGCUCUAAGCGCAACAACUGUGUCGAGUGCACGAUUGGAGCGUGCCAAUGUGAGCAGAGCGCCUGUCUCAAGACCAGUAGCCCAAGCAGAACUCGAUGAUCCUCGAGAGUAUCAGAUUACCCAGGUGGUUCGAAGACACAAACCCUUCCGGGCUGAUCUUGGCGAUGAGACCACUCUGAAAUUUAGGCUGUCUCCUACAGAUCCAGACUUCCCGUUUGAGCUCGAGAACGGACUGCAAUGCGUGCUACGUGUUCCGAGCACAUAUCCACGAAAUGGAAAGCCAACGCUUGCUGUGCAGAACCCUGAGAUGGCCAGGGGUUUUCAGAUUAACGUUGAGCAGGGGUUCAAUUCGCUUGUUAGUCAACAUCCGGGAAAGAGCUUACUCGCUCUUCUGAACGAGCUGGAUAAGAGCCUGGAGCGAUUUCUGACGUCGACAAAAGCAAACACGGUGAAGCUCAUCUCUAACAGACCUAAAGAGGUACCAGUUGUGCCUGAAAAGGAGCAUGUGAAGCCGGCUCCGGUUGACGUACCGGCCGUGCUGAGAUACGAUGUUGCUCAGCUGCGCGAAGCGAAAACCAGGCGUGAAGCAGAGAUUAGACAACUGGAGGCACGUCUUGGACGUUCUGACCUCUUCUCGAAAGUAGGAGAUGGUAUCGCCUUCAACGUGCCAUUGCAGAAUAUAUCUCACAGCGUAUUGCCCGCCUCGUUACAAGCAGUCAGAGACACAGCGUUGAUUGUGCCCGAAGUUUAUCCCCUUGAGCCUUGCACAAUCAUACUCAAGGGUGUCCACGGUGAGGAGGCCGAGCAUGUGGAAAUUGCAUUCGAGCAGCGUGUGGUUGAGAAGCCGGAGCUCAGCCUCAUGGCGCACAUAAACUAUCUUACGCAGAAUCUAGGCAAGAUGGCUAAAGUACCAUCAUCAACAUCGACCCAGGUACGAGAUGUGGGUGUCGAUCACGACUAUAGCAACGAAAUCAUGCCAUCAUCUACUAGCCAACAACAAACGGCGAAUGAGACAAUCGAUCCAGCUCGGCCACACCUCAGAUACAUGGCUCGUCCACCAGAAUGGCAGCAACCCAACAAGGGCAAUGUACCAGAUGAGGUUGACUCUUCCGAAUCUUCUGAGUACGAUAGUGAGGAGGACUCCGAGCAUGAAAUCGAAGACAGUAUCGAGGGUAUGGUUUUGCCAACCGCUAUCGAGAAGGGCAUCCAAAUCUCGCUGCCACGUCUUGAUAUGACUGGCAUCGAACUCCUGCAGAUUUCCAAGCUGUCAAUCGCGGUCAAGUGCAAUCGCUGUAAGGAGCAAGCAGAAUUCAAGGACCUCACACCAGCAACAAACGCUUCUGGUGUUACACAACGAUCCCUAACCUGCCAGAAAUGUAGUGCUGUACUUUCAGCCACUUACCACUUCGAGCUCAUGCAUGUCAAUUCAUCACGAGCAGGGCAUAUCGAGGUUGAGAAUUGCUCAAUAUCUGACCUUCUGCCGUCGCUGUUCCAGCCUACAUGCGCGCAAUGCAGCACGACAUACCCAUCACCACCAGGUGUCGUUGCUGUUGCAGGUGAUUCAAAGCUCACGAACUGUCGAUCUUGUCAUUCGAAGAUGACCUUCAGCAUUCCGGAGGUAAAAUUCCUCAACGUGUCUACGACAGUAUCGAAGACGACACUUCCACUCCGCUCGACCAAGCCCAAGGAGAGGCUAGGUAUCAGCGCAGGAACACCACUGCCCGACAACGGCAAAUGCCAGCACUAUGCAAAGUCAUACCGGUGGUUCCGAUUUUCUUGCUGCAACCGCGUCUUUCCUUGUGACAAAUGCCACGACUCAGCUACCACCAAUCCAGCACAGAAAGACAAUCCUCAUUCCAACGAGCAUGCAGAUAGAAUGAUUUGUGGUUGGUGUUCGCGCGAGCAGCGUUAUCAUCCUGAUACAUGCCGUAUGUGCGGACAUAGCGUUGUCAAGAAGCACGUCACGACGGGAUUUUGGGAGGGCGGAAAGGGUACGAGAGAGAAACACUUGAUGCGAAGGAAGGAGGGUCGUAAGUAUAAGGUCAGUGGGCGUGAAAAGAAGGAGCUUGAGAGCGUGAAGAAGAGUAAGGAGAACAAGGGUAAAGGCGGAAUGUGGUGGCCUGGUUAG